AUGACGGCAAAUGAGGAAGAGCUGGAGACGCUGAGGGAGGCUGUGAAGGUGCGCGAUGAGCUGCUGGACGAGAUGCAGCGCGCGCUGGCGCAGAAGCGCGAGGAAACAGACGAGCUGGUGGAGGAGACGCGGCGCAUCGGUGAGGAGCAGGCAAGGAUCCUGCGCCUGCAGCUGGACGAGAAGCACAAGCAGGUCGAGCUGCUGCAGGGCAUGGUGAACGACAUGGACAGCAACACCCGGCUCAGCUCAGACCUGCAGGGCAUCUCCGGGUCCGAGGCACAGCGCGAGCGCCCCUUCGUGGACGACUUCCUGCUCAAGGUCCUGGCGGAGCGCGACGACCUCACCGACAAGCUGCACGACCUGCACAACGAGCUGGCGGAGACAAAGGCGAAGCUGGGCACGUCGGAGCUCGACAAGGAGCGCCUGCAGGUGGAGAUGCGCAUGCUGUCCACCCGCCUCCAAUCCCACGCGCCGAGCCCCGCCGGCUCUGUGCCGUCGUCGCCGGCCGGGCCAGCCAAGCCAAAGCGGAAGAGAAACGGCAGCGCAUCCGACGAAAUUAUCCGCCAGCUCAACGAGAAGAUCUUCCAUUUGGAGAAGGAGCUGGAAGAGCACCAGCGACAAGGCUCCCGCCUCAAACGCAAAGAAACGCAGCGCCUGAAAGAAAUGGAGCGCCUCAAGACAGAGAUGGACUCUCUGGCCAAGGAGCGAGCAACGCUGCUGACGGACUUGCGGCGCACAAAAGAUGAGAGCACGCACCUCGCACUUGUGCAGACCCUCGAAGAGCAGCUCAAGCGCCACGAGCAGCAGCGCGCACAGCUGGAGCGCAAGCUGUCCAGCCUUCAGCGAGAAAACGAGGAGAGCACUGGAUUAAUCAAGCACCUGCAAGCCAAGAUUGUGGAGUUUGAGCAAGCUGACGCCGUCAAGCAAGCCAAAGACCUGCAAGCCAAGGUUGGCUCGCUCAACGACACCAUUCUCGACCGCGAUAACCGCAUCCACGAACUGCAGCAGACGUGCGAUUCCCUGCGCGAGGAGAACGCUGCGCUGGCGCUGCGUGUGCAAGGGCUGGAGGGCGACGUGAAGGACAAGGGCGCGGUCGAGGAGCGCUUGAAGGCGGCAGAGACGGAGCUUGAACUAGCGCAGCAGGGAUUCAAGGCCGCCAAAGACGAAAACGAAGCACUCAGCACAAAGUGCAACGACCUGCAGGAGCAGUGCUCGCAACUGCAGGACACAACGGCGACGCAAGAACAGCAAAUCAGCGAGAAAGACAGCGACAUUGCGGCGCUGAUGGCAGAGAUUGAGAAGCUCAACGAGGAGGCGGACGCGCACAUCGCCCAGAAGACCGAGCUGGAGCGGUUACAAGCGUUGUCGAAGCAACGCGACAAAACACUCGCCGAGCGGGAAGCGUUCUGUGACCAGAUUGUCUCGCGGUUCAAAGACGAGCAGAAGCGCCGUCGCGCCUUGCACAACCAGCUCGAACACUGA